AAGAAGGAAGCCCGCUGACAGCUUUGGAAUCGCUUGCGCGGCUCUAGGCGGCCCCGGGAGGCGCCGCAACUGAGGCGACCGAGGAGGAGGAGCGGGCCCUUGUGGGUUACCGUAGGCGGCUGAGGGGGCGGCCGGGCCCCGGUGGCGGCCGGGCCCCGGUGGCGGCCAGGUUGGGGGAAAGCCAGGGAAGCAGCUCUCCCGGGAGCCUCCUUCUGCAGGUACAGGAGAGAGUGAAGAUAGUCCAAGUCCCAAGAGACAGCGCCUUUCUCAUUCAGUCUUUGAUUGUACAGCAGCAUCCCCAGCCCCAUCCCCGCCUAUGCGGCCUUGGGAGAUGGCGACCAACAGGCAGCCACCUCCUGUUCGAACCAACCAAAAUCACUUCUCAGGGGAGCAGUGCAAUACACCUGCACGCAACAGAAGAAGUCCUCCUAGACGCCAGAGAGGUAGACGAGACCGCGUGUCUCGACAAAAUACAAUGAAUCAAGAUGAAAAUUACCACCAUCUCCCUUUUGGACAACAACAAGCAAUAGAGGAGCCUCGAGCUUUCCAUCCUCCGAAUGUAUCUCCUUGUAUGCUGCACCCAGCUGCUCAUCCGCCACAGCAGAAUUCAAUGAUGGUUGACAUACACGAGCAGAUCCACCAGGGGCCAGCCCCUGUCUCAUACACAGUUACUACAGUGGCACCGCAUGGGAUUCCACUUUGCACUGGCCAACAUAUUCCAGCUUGCAGUGCACAUCACGUCCCAGGAUGUUCCGUGGUUUUCAGUGGGCAGCCCAUUCCUGUCUGUAGUGUGCCUCCUCCGAUGAUUCAGGCGUGUUCCGUUCAACACUUGCCGGUGCCGUAUGCUGCAUUUCCUCCUAUUAUUCCCAGUGAACCAUUUCUUUACCAUCCACCUCAUGUUCCACAUCAUCAUCAUGCCCAUUUGCCACCACCAGGGCAGUUUGUCCCGUUUCAAGCACAGCAGUCAAGAUCGCCGCUGCAGAGAAUAGAGAAUGAGGUCGAACUGUUGGGAGAACACCUUCCUGUAGGAGGCUUUACCUACACGCCACCAGCCCAUCCGCCAACUUUACCGCCAGCGGCUCCUUUGCAGUUCAUCACACAUGAUCCUUUGCACCCGGAGGUGUCCUUUGGAGUACCGUAUCCUCCAUUUAUGCCGCGAAGACUCCCGGGACGUGGUAGAUACCGAUCUCAGCAACCUGUGCCACCUCCACCGUACCAUCCUAACCUGUUGCCCUAUGUGCUAUCAAUGCUUCCAGUGCCACCUGCAGUCGGACCAACUGUUAGCUUUGAACUGGAUGUGGAAGAUGGAGAAGUGGAAAAUUAUGAGAACAGUAGUAGAGUUGUCCUUGAAUUCGAAGAUGACGAUGACGACGGUGAAACUGGAUCCAUGAGUGCACUGUUGAAUCUGGCAGAAAGAUUGGGAGAGGCUAAGCCCCGAGGACUAACAAAAGCAGAUAUUGAGCAGCUUCCGUCUUACAGAUUCAAUUCCAACAACCACCAGUCAGAGCAGACACUGUGCGUAGUGUGCAUGUGUGAUUUUGAGUCCAGGCAGCUUCUCAGAGUCUUGCCUUGUAGCCACGAGUUCCAUGCCAAAUGUGUCGAUAAAUGGCUCAAGGCAAAUCGUACCUGUCCAAUCUGCCGGGCUGAUGCUUCGGAAGGGCAUCGUGAUUCCGAGUAACCAGCUGAAGAGCACAAAUCUCAUCUAGGUGUUCCUUGUCACCUGUACUUACCCAUGUGGUUUCCAGCCUUUACACAAAAGGGUCAAUGGACCUUCCUUUGCACUGUGUGAUUUAACCAAUUAUAAAGCUUAUAGUCUUCACAACUAUGGGAUUGUUUUACUAACGGUAUGAUUGGAACUCCAAAGACUUUUCUUUAGCUUAAUUUUGUGUGUGCACUAACAUUCCCUGGUUUUUGUGUGAUCAUUCCGAGUGUUGCUGCAAGAUUACAGUGGACGUGAUCUUUUAGCAUGUGCUUUUAUAAAAAAAAAAAAAGAAAAAAAGUGGUAGCUCGAAACCGUAUAGCAAUCUACUUUAUAUAGAGCCUUCAGAUACUGUGAGUGGAAAUGAAAGGAACGAAUGCGCAUCUGUGGCGAUGCUGCCCUCUACAUGGGCGUGUGCGUGUGUUGUGGGUGGGUGGGUGGGUGCGUGCGCGCACAAGUGCUGGUGAGAGAAUGUCGUAGCGAAUGUAUUUGAGAACCUAUAUACCAGCAUGUACUGAGAAUGUAUGUGUGUGUGUGGGGUGUUAACUACGCUGCAACGUAUACUCUUAUGUGUUAUUUAAGCAGUACUAGUACUGUACACUGGUUUCUUUCCUUGGGUUUGCAGUUGCACACUGAAUGCUAAGGGUGCAGCAAUUUUAGGCAUUUAAUGUUCUCCCCUUCCCUCCCGCCUUUGGUUUACCUAAUGUUAUAUGGUCCACAUCAUUUUUCUUCAGACGACUAUUAAACUUUCCCCUUAACGGUAAUUUUGAAUGCCACUUGAGGGGUAAAAAGAGAGUGCAUCAAACUCUAAAUGCCUAGACCCAAUUCUUAGCAUCUGAUAUUAAAAAAAAAAAAAUGAAGGCUUGCUGUUUACCCAUAAAAUACUGCAAGCUCACCUCUUCGGUUAGCAAUAUUAAUGUUUUCAUUCAGUAUUUAGAAUGUUUCCCUUUCAAGGUGUUAGCUUAGUUGUUUCAUAACAAUCACAAGAUUUUCAUAGUUAGACUUUUAUUAUAGUUGGAAGAUGUUCAAGUAAUAUAUUCCUGAUCAGAAAUGGUGUUCAAGGGACAUCUCAGUCCAUGUAGCCUAACACCGUGUAUUUGGUCAGCGUCUUUAACCGGAAAAUAAUUUGUAAACCAACUCUCGCUUUAAUGCACCACCUGUAUUCUUUAUAUUGUUGGACAAACUCUCGUGUAAGCAUUUAAAUGGUUAGAAGAAAAUUUCCAUUUAUUUUUCUGCAGAUUCAUUUCCCAAAUUCAAAUUCUGCAAAGAGGUCUAGCUCUUCCUCAGUAAGGAAAUGCCCUUAGAAAACCACUAUAAGCCGUGGUCUGGAUGACUUAUAUACUAUGACACUUUCUCUCCCUUCGACCUUAGGUGAUCCUGUUUUUGUUUUUUUGAGUGUUUGUUUUUUUUGUUUGUUUUUUUUGCAUGAAUGAGUAAAGUGUAAUACAGCCAGUGUCCAGAAUACUCGCAGUGUAAGAAAAGACUAUGUUCUUGCACAAGUAAGAACAGAUAAUGCUGUGAAACGGGAGUUAACCUCCAUUCAAUUGACCUGAAUAAUAUUAUAAUUGCUGUUUUGUUGGGGGAAAAAAGGGUUCCUUUAAUGUAUUUAAGAUUGUUUAAGGUCUGUUUUCCAGGAGUGUGUUUAGGUCCACAUCUGUACCAAGAUUAUUCGAGAGAUGCACUUUUUUUUUGGCAUCACUUUGCUUCUUCGUACAUUUAGUGUCAUUACUUUGAUUGCAAUAGCACAAGUGGCACAAUUAGCAAUAUUGCUACAACUUGCUGCUGCCAGUCUCAGCUUUAAUUUCAUUCCGUGUCAUAACUUCUGAUGCUUUUGUAUGCUGCUAUGCUUUAGUAUCAGUUAUAUUUUCAGACAGUGUUAAUGUGUUCUCCAGUGCUGCUUGCCCUUCUUGGAAGGCUCUACAGAAAAAAAAAUCACAGCUUGUGGUUCAGUAAAAGAAAACAAAAGCACAAUGUAGCCCAUAUUUCAGACACUAUUGCCUCUGCCUAGUUAAUACCUCUAGAUAGGAUUCACGGUUUUCUAAUCUCGUCCAUAUUUUAGUCCUUGAGUCAAAAGAUAACAUCUAUCCUAUGAUUUUUUCUAGCCCAAUAUAGCUUUCUCUGCCCUGAAAGUGCUGAAGAAUGGAAUUAGCAACCUGGUCAUGAGCCACUAAACAAAUUAAAUCCAUAGAAUAACCUUUAUUUUUUAAAACUAUUAAAAGAAUGUUAACAUUGCAUAUGCCACCUGUCUUAUACUCAGUAUCUUUUAUAUGGCUGCAAAAAAAAACAAAAACCUUUCUACCUGUAAAGAUGGAACAUAACACUACUCCACCCAGUAUUCACUUAAAGAAGCAUGCAAAGUAAAGCACUUUUUCUCAUUUAGAUAGAAAUACAUAAUUAGGUCACAUUUUACUAAUAUCUAGGAAAAGUCCUUUUUUUCUCAAAUUGGAAAAUUAUUUGUGUAUCGUCCCUAUUUCUAUGAUGUUCUGUGAGGCAGUUGGAGAUUUCGAGGCAGUAGGGUCUAAUUUGGGAAAAUACUGACUUUAAUUGUUGCACUCUUGUGGCUUAUCUCUUUUGGAAUGUUUCUUUUGUUUGCAUGGGACUCUUGCAGAUGUGUGCAGACUUGCUUCCUGUGGUUAGUGUGUAUAAAAGGCACACAUGCAUGUGUUCUGAGCCAGUUCAGGCUGGCUACAACUGAUACUUUCCAGUUGUGGCUGUCAGGAGGAGAGGAAGGGAAUUGAUUUGUCGCUCAGUUGUUACUGCCAUGUGUUGUGCACAUUUAUGUGUCUUAAUUUCACAGCCUGCAGUGGUGGCUGAUAGCACCAGAAUCCAGUAUGGUUUUGUGUCAGCCAUCUUCCUCCUCUUCCCUGCACCACCAUCCCCUGCCCUCUCCCGCCCAAAAAAAAAACAAAAAAAAACAAAAAACAAAAAAAAAACACUGUUGGCGUUAUCAUAUCGGCACUGCUAUGUUUUUGCAUGAAUUGUUCAUUGAAUUUGACUUUGUUUUGUUUUGAAAACUGAUGUCAAGACCUCUAGAUAUCUUCAAGAUCUUAUUUGUUGAUUGUCUUUACGGAAGGUUUUUUUGGGCAGUUAGGGAAUUUGUUAGUAUAUUCAGGUUUUGUACAAUCUCUUAACUGUGAUUUGUUAAAAUUGCAUCUCUUGUAAUAUUUAGAAUGGAAACUACAAACUCAAUUUUACUUGUAAAAACCUGUUUUUGACAGCGAUAUCUUGAGGCCUUCAUUUAAAAAAAAAAAAAAAGCUGGUUUUUUCCUUUUGGUACAUUCAGUUACCUCAUUUUGCUAUUUGUUUCAGAUUUGCAAAUGAUUAUAAAAAUGUAUGGAUUUUGUUAUAAUUUUUAUUUGUUGAGUGUUUUCUUUAAACCAUUCUUGUAUCAUUUAACAUAUAGUUUUAAAUGUAUUAUAUCUGUAACCAAAUCAUUUGAAGGCUUGAUAAAUUUUUAACAAAGUUUGUACAUUUUUUAUGAGAGUUACUAGUAAUGCUUUACUAAGUAGUGCAAUGAAUUUUUAUUUUUAAUCCCUGUGCCCAAUUUUGGAGUUGAGAGGGUUGUUCAGUAAUAAAUGUAUGUUGUUCAGUUAAA